GGAGCUAAAGAGACUGAGCUGACACAAAAUGAGAGGACUCGUUGUCUUGGUUACUUUGGCCUGCUUUGCCAGCGCCCAGCACCAAGCACUGAUUGACUACUUGGAGCAGAGGCUUCUCGCUAUUGAGGACCGGAUCUCUCUGUGGCAUGAACAGACCGCCCGCUACGCCUCUGAGCUUCGGGCUUUGAAGCAACAGAUGGUUUCCCAGCUAGAGACCCUGGAUAAAGAGAAAGAGACACUGAGAAUGAAUCUGGACGGUGUGGGGACGAGGGUGGAUCGGGUUGAGCGUGAGCUGGACUACCUGGAGACCCAGAACGGAGCUCAGCCAUGUGUGGACGUGGACGACAAGCUGAUCGAGCAGCAGGUGACACUGGUGAAGGAGAAGCACAAGGCCAAGUAUUCAAAACUAUCAGACUGCAGCGUCAUGAUCUCCAGCAUAAAAGCAAUGAAGAUCUUGAAGCGAGUCGGAGGGACAAAGGGCAUGUGGACCAAAGACACCAGCAGAGGCUCUGGGAAGGUCUACAUUUUCAACGGGACGGAUGAAGACACCAUCCUGGAGUUUGCCUCUGUGCAAGACUUCUCCCGCUCGCUGGGCAUGUCUCUGUCAAAAAACCUGAAGCUGCCGUCCGCCUGGAGGGGAACAGGACAUGUUGUCUUCAACAACUACGCAUAUUAUAUAACUCAGGCCGAGGAGAUAAUGAUGGUUAAAUUUGACAUGAAGAACAGCUCUGUGACGGACAGCGCAGUCUUCCCAGUGCAGGACCACGUCCCUGUGUACGGCCUGACCCCCGAGACAGUGAUGGACCUGGCUGUGGACGAGGAAGGCCUGUGGGCCAUUUAUGCCACGCGGCAGAACGAGAGGUACAUCUCUUUGGCGAAAAUGGACGCCAACUCGCUGGACAUUGAGCAAAUGUGGGACACAAACUGUCCAAGAGAGAACGCGGAGGCGGCCUUUGUCAUCUGUAGCACUUUGUAUGUGGUGUACAACACCAAGCAGCCCGGGCGUUCACGUGUCCAGUGUGUGUUUGACGUCAAUGGUAUGGUGACCAACGAAGACGCACCGCUGAUUUACUUUCCAAAGCGUUACGGAUCACACUCCAGUCUGAAGUACAACCCGCAGGAGCAGCUUCUCUAUGCCUGGGAUGAUGGCUACCAGAUCCUGUACAAGCUUAUCAUGAAAAAGAAACUAGAGAUUUGAGCUAAAUAAAAAACCGUACCUUCCUCCCACAUCUACCACAAACCACACCCAAACCCCCUGGAAGUACCAUACCAGUGAUUUUUACAAGUUUUGGCUCCUAAACUAUAAAACAUGUACUAAUUAUUACUGCUAAACAUUUUUACUGCAUGC